AAUCACUUUCAAGUCUUAACUCGAAAGGUAAGUCGAUAUUGCCUUCUCCAAUACCUAAUUAUCCAAGCUCGUUGCUCGGUUGUUGAUUGCAGAUGAAGUUCGCUAUCGUGUUCGUCGCCUUUUUGGGCCUGGCCGCCGCCGCCCCUCAGCCCUAUGACCUGAUCGCGGACAUCCGCCGUUUCCUGGCCCUCAUCCCCCAGGAUCAGGUUAAGGCGGUCUUCGACGAAAACUACGCCGCUGAUGCCGCUUUCGCUGCCUCUGUCGACUUCAUCAGGUCUCCCAGGUUUGCUGAGCUUGUCGCCCAGGUUGAUGCCGUCCCUGAGUUCGCCGCCUACUUCGACUUCCUCGAGGCCAACGGCAUUCCCGGAUACUACUGGCUCAACGCUGUCCGCACCUGGCUCGGCGUCCCUGAGUUCCCAGCUCCCCCCACCGGCGCGAUCCGCCCCGUCCUGACCAAGGAGGCCCGCAACAUCUUGCCCUUCAUUGAGAAGGUUCUCGCCCUCCUGGUCCACGCUGAUUGGGUCGCUGUCCACGACGACUUGGUCCUUACCAGCCCCGAAUACGUCGCCAUGUGGGAGGUGUACCAGGGAGCUGAGUACGCCGCCGUGCGCGCCGCCCUCACUGGGAACUCUGUCUACAUCGCUGCCAACGACGAGCUCGACGCCAAUGGUGUCUUCGUCACCGAGGCUCUUGACCUCAUCAAGGCUUGGCUCAGGCAGUAAAUUCAGACUGAAUAAUAAAGAAGAAAAAAACAAUUCUCAUAAAUAUAA